AUGCAGACUGUGAAAUGUGUCGCGGUAGGAGAUACAUCUGCUAAGAAAAAUGUGCUCUUGAUUGCCUAUACCACCCAGAGGUACCCAGAGUAUACGACUAUAUUUGAUAACUAUGCUGUCACUGUCAUGAUCAAUGGUGAGCCUUAUACUUUGGGGCUUUUCGAUACUGGCUCAUCAAGUGACUACGACAGACUACGGCCCCUGUCUUAUCCACAGACAGACGUCUUCCUGUUGUGUUUUGCUGUGGACAGUCCUGAAUCUUUUCAAAACAUUUCUGAAAAAUGGGCACCAGAAGUGAAACAUUUUUGCCCUGGCGUGCCGUUUAUACUUGUGGCAACGAAAGCAGAUUUAAGGGAUGAUGUGUACGUAAGGCAAAGGUUGAAAAAGAAGAAUCAGGAGCCGGUGACAACGGAGGAUGGCAAAGCCAUGGCCGAGCGGAUCGGAGCCUACGCUUACAUGGAAUGUUCAGCCAAGACUUCCAGAGGGGUCAAGACAGUGUUUGACACCGCUAUACUCGCCGCUCUAGAGAGACAAAUGCAGGUGGACAAUAGACACGUGGAGCUGGCGGUGUUUGACACCGGAGGACAAGAGGAUUUCGACCGGCUACGGCUCCAGUUUUAUCCAAACACCGACGCGGUGCUUAUGUGUUUUUCUGUGGACUAUCCUGCGUCGCUUGACAACAUCGGUGAGAAAUGGGCACCAGAGGUGAGACAGUAUUGCCCUGACGUGCCGAUAAUACUCGUGGCCAAUAAAAUCGACUUAAGGAAUGACGAGUAUACGAAGAGCUGGUUGUCGAGGCAGGGCCAGGAGCCGGUGACAACGGAGGAAGGUAGAGUCGUGGCCGAGCGGAUCGGGGCCUACGCUUACUUGGAGUGCUCCGCCAAGACCAAGGAGGGGGUUCGAGAGGUGCUGGAGACCGCUGCACACGCUGCUCUCCAGAGAUCGAGGCUGAAACACAGUCGAUGUCUGCUGUUGUGA